UCUCUCUUUCUCUCUCGCUCUCUGUGCCGUUGGCGAAGCUGAGGAGGCGGCGAGGCUAGACGGGCCUGGACUGGCGGUGCCGUGGCUGGGCUCCUGGCGGAGUAGAGGAAGGAGCAGGAGAAGACUGGGAACUGAUAAGGGCCUAGACCGGGAGCCGAUCUCUCGGCGCUGCCGCCGCAAAAAUGCUCAAUAUGUGGAAAGUCCGGGAGCUGGUGGACAAGGCCACCAAUGUGGUUAUGAAUUAUUCAGAAAUUGAGUCUAAGGUUCGAGAAGCAACCAACGAUGAUCCAUGGGGACCUUCAGGGCAACUCAUGGGGGAGAUUGCAAAGGCAACAUUUAUGUAUGAACAGUUUCCAGAACUUAUGAACAUGCUUUGGACACGAAUGCUAAAAGACAACAAAAAAAACUGGAGGAGAGUGUAUAAGUCUCUGCUGCUCCUAUCUUACCUCAUAAGGAAUGGAUCAGAGCGUGUUGUUACAAGUGCCAGAGAACACAUUUAUGAUUUGCGAUCCCUGGAAAAUUACCACUUUGUAGAUGAGAAUGGCAAAGACCAAGGUAUAAAUAUACGCCAGAAAGUGAAAGAAAUGGUAGAAUUUGCACAGGAUGAUGACAGGCUUCGUGAAGAGAGGAAAAAGGCAAAGAAAAACAAAGAUAAAUAUAUUGGAGUUUCUUCAGACAGUGUUGGUGGAUUCAGAUACAGUGAAAGAUACGAUGUUGAGCCCAAGUCAAAGUGGGAUGAAGAAUGGGAUAAAAACAAAGGUGGAUUUCCAUUUAGUGAUAAACUAGGUGAGCUGAGUGAUAAAAUUGGGAGCACAAUUGAUGACACCAUCAGCAAAUUUCGGAGGAAAGACAGAGAGGAUUCUCCAGAACGAUGCAGUGAUAGUGAUGAGGAAAAGAAAUCAAGAAGAGGUAAAUCACCCAAAGAUGAAUUCAAAGAUGAAGAGGAGACAGUGACCACAAAACACAUCCAUAUAACACAAGCCACAGAGACCACCACCACAAGGCACAAACGCAUGGCAAAUCCUUCCAAAACCAUCGACCUGGGAGCGGCUGCACAUUACACAGGGGACAAAGGAAGUCCAGACCUGAAUGCUGCCGCCUAUACUGCGCAGUCCUCAGCAACGGUUCCUGGCAGCAAAUCCUCCAGUGACUUGGUUGAUCUUUUGUUCGAUGGUACUGAUCAGUCAGUCUCAACAGGUGGAUCCACUGACCCCUUUGGGGGGUUUGCUGACUUCAGCUCUGCUGCUGCCUCUGCAAGCUGUCCCUCAUCACAAGGUGCAGCUACAAGUGGGAAUGGAGAGUUUGGCGACUGGAGUGCCUUCAACCAAGCCCCUCCAUGCCCUCUUGCUUCAGCUGUUGAGCUCUUUGGUGGCUCUGCUCAGCCAGCUGUUGAGCUCUUUGGUGGCUCUGCUCAGCAGGGUCUUGGCCAGCCUCCAGCUGCAUCAAAUUCUGCUGACCUCUUUGAUUUGAUGGGUACCUCCCAAGCCACCAUGACCUCUUCCCAAAGCAUGAAUUUCUCAAUGAUGGGUUCUAGCUCUGUCAGCAUGAAUCUCCCCAUGUCAAGGUCACAGCCUUUGCAAAGUGUUAACCCAAUGAUACAGAAGCCUACUCAGCUUUAUAAUUUGGGCACUGAGAUGGUCCCUAAAAAUGCAAGCAAAACCCUACCAUCCACUUGGUCAGACCCCAGCGUAAAUAUCAGUUUGGACAAUUUAGUUCCGGGUAUGCAGCCUUCCAAGCCCCAGCAACCAUCACUGAACACAAUGAUUCAGCAACAGAAUAUGCAACAACCUAUGAAUGUGAUGUCUCAGAAUUUUGCAGCCUUGAGCCUCAACUCACCACCUAGCAUGAUGCCUGUCCGACCGCCAGCAAACCCCUUGAUGGGAGGGCCUGUGUCUGUGGGGAUGGGGAUGCCUACUAUGAUGACUGGUACAAUGGGGAUGGCUUCCAUGGGAAGCGCACCUGUCAUGAACCAGGGCAUGAUGGGAAUGAAUGUGAACAUGGCGAUGCCAGCGGCUGGAAUGGGUUUGUCAGGUACAAUGGGCAUGGGUGUUCCUAAUAUAGCAGUGGCAUCCUCCAUGACUCCUGGAACUCUGCAACCUAAGCAAGAUGCCUUUGCCAAUUUUGCCAAUUUUAGCAAAUAAAGAUUGUAAACCAAUCAGAUUGAAUGAAGGAUUUUAGCUGCACAAAUAAAGCUGGAAUAAGGGUGGAAGAUGCUGAUCAAAUGCUCUCUUUUUUUUCUCCUUUUAUCGCUUACUUUUAAGGAACCCACAUAAAGAACCCAAAGGUCAUUUUGUAAACUCUGAAACUACUUUUGUUCAAACUUUGAGAUUAAAGGUUCUUCCAGUGAGUCAAAUGGUUGAAAUUUCAAUGACUAAGCCUUGUUUUAUAGCAAGACAAUUAAAGGCCUUUCUGGAUGGCAGAACCAGUUUUAGCUUUGAAAAUUGUGGAAAGUCUGGAAUUUGGGGGCUGCAUAAUCUGUGUGAAUCUAAUUUUAUACUUGAUUUCUUUCCCCCCCUCCUGGAAUCUGUUUUAUCAUAAUUGGAUCCAUUCCUUUUCCUACCACUGAGUCAAAUUUGAAGUCUAAGUAUACUGAUCAAUUUUUUAUAAGAAUAUAUAUAUAUAUAUAUUUUUGUCCAAAAUGGCUUACAUAUGGGAUUAUGGCUCAUUCAAAGGGACCUGGAAUGUAUAUAUACUUUUGCUACUCUUCCAGCAACACACCUAUACUAUCCAAAUUUUUAUUAUUGACCUCUUCAAGCAAUUUGCUGAUGAACAGAAUUUGUGGGAGGUUUCCUGCUACUACCUGCUAUAAUAUCUAAUGCAGAACUGGUAGAAAUAUCAUCCGGAGCUGCUUUAUGGUUUCCUUUCAGAAAACUCUUAAAGAAGAAAUAAAUAAAUAAAUAAAUAAAUAAAUGUGUGUGUGUGUGGUUGGGAUUUGUUUUGGGGUGACUUUUCUGCAGUCAGUGAUUGUUGGCAUGCCAUGUAGCACACUUUGGGGCCACUGUGUACAUCACUGACAGUCAAAAGAAAAGAGUAUUUAUUAUUUUUCAUGCAACUUUACAAAAAAGAGUAAUAGCAUCUAUUCAGUUAAUAAUGGACACCUCUAAAUCUUUGGAUUUUAGAUUUUAUGCAUUUGGUAACUACUCUCCUCUUAUGUAAAUAUGGCCUUAGCAACUGCAGAAUCUGAUUGGGAGGGGAGAUAUAUAUAUAUAUAGAUAUAUAUAGAUAUAUAUAUAUAUAAGAGAGAGAGUGUGUACAUAUAUAUAUAUCUAUAUAUAUCUCAAAAACCUGUAGCAGUCAUAUUUUAUGAAUUAAUGAACAUAAAGGAAACACAUGAAUGGAUUAAAGGCUCCCCCCACCCCUUCUCCAACUAUAAUUUUGUAUUUUAGGUUCACACACAGAUCAUGAUUUUUAGUCUGGAAUGCAGAGGUUCAGUUUAUAUUCAUAAAGCCAGGCUGCUAUUGCGAAUGAAUACUAUAUUCUAGGUAUGAAACUUUUAUUGCCUCCCCUUUUCUUAUGUUGGAUAUUUUUAUUAUUAUUAUUAAAUUGAUAAAACUUUAUUUCCAUUGUAUUCAUAAUGUUCUGUUAUACAUAACAUUAAAGUGUUCAUUAAAAACAA